AUGGAGAGCUCUGUAGGAGAAGCAGCGAAGAAGCAGCAGGAGUUUGCUUUGGCAUCCGCCUCCGAGCUCGCUUCGUUGUCGUCUUCUACUACUCUGGCACCGGCGGUGGCUCGGUUCAGUCCCGAAGACGGAGUUGCAGAGCUCCGGUUUCAGCAGGAGGCUGAGUCCGAUGCCCGCCUCAAUGUCGAUCUCCAAACUGCUAAGCUAUUCAAGUUAGGCCCGGUGCAGUCAGUUUGCAUAACAGAAAGUUCUGAUACCGAUGAAGAGAAAUCGUAUUCAAGGGGAGUCACUAUUCGUUUUAAUAACGAGGAGGAGAGUGCAGCCUUCCAUCAUGCAUUUGAGCAAUGGAAGAAGGACCUUGUUGAUCAAGGACAAAAGUUACCAAAUGGAGAACUAUCAUCUACCAAAAGCAAGUUUGACGACAAAAUAGAGCCAUCUUCUGCUAAAAUGUAUUUCCAUUACUAUGGACAAUUGCUACAUCAACAGAACAUGUUACAGGAUUAUGUUAGGACAGGAACCUAUUAUGCUGCUGUCAUAGAAAAUCGUGUGGAUUUUAAUGGUCGCGUGGUUGUUGAUGUUGGUGCUGGUAGUGGUAUUUUGUCAUUAUUUGCUGCACAGGCUGGUGCUAAACAUGUUUAUGCUGUGGAAGCAUCUGAAAUGGCAGAUUAUGCACGCAGGCUAAUUGCAGGGAACCCUUCACUUGGUGAAAGGAUAACUGUAAUCAAAGGUAAAAUUGAGGAGGUUGACUUGCCAGAGAAAGCAGAUAUCCUUAUCUCAGAGCCAAUGGGCACUUUGUUAAUUAAUGAAAGAAUGCUGGAAACCUAUGUGAUUGCAAGAGAUCGGUUCCUUCAACCAAAUGGGAAAAUGUUCCCCACAUUGGGAAGGAUUCACAUGGCACCUUUCAGUGAUGAAUAUUUGUUUGUUGAAAUAGCAAAUAAGGCCCUCUUCUGGCAGCAACAAAAUUAUUAUGGAGUUGAUUUGCAACCAUUGUAUGAAUCUGCAUUCCAGGGAUAUUUUUCACAGCCUGUGGUAGAUGCUUUUGAUCCAAGAUUACUGGUGGCUCCUUCAAUGUCUCAUGUGAUUGACUUUACCAAAACAAGCGAAGAGGACUUGUAUGAAAUCGACAUACCUUUACGGUUUACAGCUACUGUAGGCACUAGAGUGCAUGGGUUAGCAUGCUGGUUCGAUGUCUUGUUUGAUGGGAGUACCGUACAAAGGUGGCUUACCACCGUGCCUGGUGCACCAACAACCCAUUGGUACCAAUUACGCUGCGUUCUCUCUCAGCCAAUUUAUGUGAUGGCAGGACAAGAAAUCACUGGCCGACUCCACAUGGUUGCCCACAAUUCUCAGAGUUACACAAUAUAUCUCACUUUGGCAGCUAAAAUGUGGGGCCCUGGGGCUGAGCUAGGAGGUAUAAUUCAGCAGUCUUCUUGUAAACUUGAUCUCAAAGAGCCCUACUAUAGAAUGUCGCAACCGCAAGCCUACACAAUUGCCCAAGAUCAGCAACCACAUCAGCAAAUACAGACACAGCUCUAAGCAAUAUGCUGUACAAAAGCCACCAGUCUGCUCAACCCAGAAAGAAAUUCGAGCAGAUGUCGAACCAACGGAAUCUCGACUGACCGCAGCCGCGGCUGGAGAUGGAGAUUGUUGAAUAUUAACCACAUUAUAGCAGCGGCUGGAAAGGAACUAACUUGAGAUGGUGAUCUUUUGCAAAGAAAUAUACUGUUUAUUUUUAGACAAGACAACCAUCUUAUGACAUUACUGGGUGCGUCCCACAUUCAGUCUUACGUGCACUGAUAAAAUUCGUAUAUAAAACUGAAGCUUGUAAUGGCCAGGGAGACCACAUAUUUACACUAUAUUCUCGAAAUAUCUAAUGUGGCAAGUGAUGUGUAUA